AAAUAUAUUUAUUUCAGAAAUUGCGAAAAUAUAAAUGUAGAUUGGUGAUAUGAUGGAAACAAAAAUCAGUGAUUCUUUUCCUUUUACCUUUCCUAUUGGAUCAAAUAAUAUGGGAGUCGAUAAUGGGUUAAACAAAUUUAUUGUUUGAAGAAUGAAUAUUUGAAUUCGACUACUAUUUUUAGGAAUUAUGCUAGAAUUUCUUCUGGCUUUUAUCUUCGUUCCUAUUGGAUCGGGAAAACCAUCCCGAGAUAUUCCAGGUGUUCCAGGUCAAUUAAUCACAAACGAACAAUCAUGGAUUGAAUCCUUAGACUAUUCAGAGUUAAAAGAACAAUUUCUGAAUAAACAAGUUUCCGGAACAUGGAGUACACCUUCAAAUAUCAACAUGACAAGAGUGACCAGAAAUGCGUAUUUUCAAGGAAUUCCUGUUUACGAGAAGAUCUUUCGUAAUGGAAUGAACUGUGAUUUUGAGCAGGCUGAAACAUGUGUCUGGGGUAUCAUACCUAAAGAUACGUCAAGAAAGGAUGGUUCUCAAGGCUUAACCCGGGUUCGUGGGAGAGAACUUAGAAGACUUAUGAACCAUCCACAUAAUAUCACAGAUGCAACACUGGACCCAAAUGGCAACUUCCUGGUUUUCCAAGCAGGAUAUAGAAGGAAAAGUGAUCCAAACCAUUCUUAUAUAGAGAGUCCUUGGAUAGAAGAGAGUUUGAAGUACUGUACACUCUCUUUCUAUCUUAUGAGUACUGUGAGUGAAUUUAAGCUGGGUUCCAAUGAUCACGCGUACAUGGAAACAAUGAUUGUCGAUGAUUCUAACGGUGCUGUUCCUCUCACGCCUAAACAUGUGAAAAGUUCGGAAGAUUCACCCUGGACACAACUUGAGUAUGACAUUGGUACUUACACUAAAUUUAAGAUCGAGAUCAGUUUUUUCAAAGGGGUAAAUGAAUCCGAGAUGUCUAUAUUUGGGCUAGAUAAUAUCAAGUUACGGAAUUGCUUGAAAAGACCAACGGAUAAGCCACCUCCGUGUAGUCCUGAGAAAGAGUAUAAAUGUAAAGGAACUGGAGUUUGUGUUUCCAAAUUCCUAGACCUGUGUGACUAUCAGAGGGAUUGUAGACUAGGAGACGAUGAAGAUUAUCCUACAUGUGGAGAUCUAGAUGCCUUGAACGGAGGUUAUAGAUGUGAUUUCUCAAAGGAUUACUGUGGUUGGACUCCGUCUGGACCAAUGAAAUGGGAGAGAACUCAGGGUAAUGAUGGUUCUCAUUUUCUCAACCUUGAUCUAAGCAGCUACGUGAACGAAAACCUUGUUACUCUUGGUAUACUUCGAAGUCCCGAGUUUACCCCGCCUCCAGCCUAUAAUGAAGAUGAUCAGAACCCAGCAACCUUCCAAUCUUGCGCUCUUCGACUUUUCUUCAAGGCUACCAAAACAGUGAAAGUUGAUUUCUUCGAGGUUGAAAUCAUCGAGAAAAAGCCGUUUACAAAGGUAUCUCGCGGAAGUAGAGUAAUGAAACCAGUUUCAAAGAAGAUGAAAGCAUUUGCUCAAAGCCACGCAGACGUAUGGACAAAAAUAGAAGCAGUAAUCCCCAAAGGUUUGAAGUACAGUUACUUUAUCCAGUUGAAUGCUGUGAAGGGUCCCGAUGCUUCUGGCCCUGCUUACUACAAUAUGUCGAUGGCCAAUAUCACAAUGAGUCCACAAUGUUUUGGAUUAGGUGUAGAGAAUGUUUCCUUAGACUGUUGGCGACAUGACCUCGUCAAACAACCCAGAGAAAUGGCAGAUUGCAUGGGAGUCCCUUAUCCAGAGGAUACAACAGGAGUUUUCAGUUAUGCAUUUACAACCUGUGCGGAGAAUGUAGGACCGAGGGGACCCUGGAAAGAGGACUGCACACCAUAUUAUGAGUACCAAGGUGGAAAUACGACAUUUGUGGACAUGCUUUCUUAUGGUAAAACAAUCGCAUCGAAUUCAACAAAUGGCGGAGAGAUAGGCUUGUUUAUGAAGAAUACACCAAUUGGAAUACAAAAAUGGACCGCUCCCCAUGGGGGCGUUUUUACUGUGAUAGCUAAAGGUGCUAGUGGAGGACACGGUCGACUCUCUAGACGGUCAUCUCACGGGGCGAUCCUAACCGCACUUAUCAAACUCAAUAAAGAUGAUGUUUUAUACAUUGUGGUGGGACAAGAAGGUCAAUCUGCCUGUGUUGUUCAAGGUGUCGAGAGUAAACACGGACUCUGCUCUUUACAGGGAUUUGAUUUAAUAAAUAACGCCGAAAGCUGGAUUUCCCAAGGCGAAGCCGGAAGUUACAGUUUUAGAUCAGAAGGACGUUUUCAAAGGAGCUACGAAGCUGGGGGAAAUAGAUGGGAUGAAGAGGAAGCUGGGGGAAAUAGAUGGGAUGAUGAGGAAGACCAAUUUCAGGAAAUUUUCAGAAAACCUCAAAAAAAUAAAUCUCAAAAGCCUAAGCUAAGAAGAAAGGAAAAAAAAAGAAGACACAAGGAAAACUUCCAGUCCGACGAGCCAGAUCCAGACAUUAUCCAGGGCAAGGAGAUAUUGUCUGUUCCUCCAGAUAAAUGUAUGGGAAAAGACUGUCUCAGAUGGAUUGAAGAGAUAAACAAAUAUCACCCCAGUUAUCAAAGUGGUGGGGGAGGGGGCGGAGGAGCCACAAUAAUUUUUAAGCUGGACCAUGAGCUUUAUCCUCGCCCAAUUCUUGUUGCUGGUGGUGGUGGAGGUAUGGCAGAUAUAUCAGGAAGUAAUGAUGCAGACUCUACUCUUCUGUUUAAUGCUGCUGAUAACUUAACUGAUAUUGUUCCAGAGUUUACUGAAAGAGGAAUAAAUCAUACCAAUAGUCAUGAGGAAAGUCAUGGAGGGCAUGGAGGAGGCUGGAAUGAAACUCUUUCAAUAGAUCGAAUGUCUUAUUACUUUCAAAAGGGUUUGCACUCUGCCUCAGGGGGGAGUCAAAAUGAAGUUUGGAUGGGUGGCUUCCCUUGCAACUACAGAAGGCCAUACAAUUCUAACGUUGGCGUGGUGAAUGAUGUGUACACGGCAAGAUGGGGUGGUUACGGAGGGGGAGGUGGAGGUUGUAAGGGAGGUGGUGGAGGUGGGGGAUUUAUUGGUAAGAUAUAA